UGAUUUAUACUUGGAGUGCGGAAAUAUGUCUGUGUGUUUAUGAAAAUUACGCAGCUCCAUGGGACAACUAAUAGUUAUGUGAGUGGCUAGGUGGCAAUCACAACGAGCGCUACUCUCUUCCCCACCGAUUUCUCGCUAGCCUGGAUAAGUUGGCUCGUAUAGCUCUGCGGUCCCAGAAUCGCAUUGCACAAAACCGCAGCUCGUUGGCAGGAAAUCACUGCAAGGGCCACUGCAGCGUAUCUGGGCCAGGCAACCAGGAAAGCUGGAAUAUGCUGAGCCAACUGCCUCUCUUCGCUGGCGGCGAGAUUGUCCGGGGAUUCGGACGCGGCUCCAAAGAACUGGGCAUUCCAACAGCUAAUUUUCCACUGGACGUGGUGAAAUCUCUGCCGGAAACCCUGCCCACGGGCGCAUACUACGGUUGGGCGAAUGUGGACAACGGACCCGUUUACAAGAUGGUUCUUAGUAUCGGCUGGAACCCCUUCUACAACAACAAGGAGAAGAGUGUGGAGACGCACAUGCUGCACGACUUCAACUGCGACCUGUACGGCCAGAUACUAAAGAUCUGCAUAGUGGGCUAUCUGCGCCCGGAGCGCAGCUUCGACUCCCUGGAAUCACUGAUAGCCGCCAUCCAGAACGAUAUCGCAACGGCGAAGGAACUGUUGGAGCAGCCUGACAAGGCCAAGCUGAAAGAGGCUCCCUACUUCGUCGAGAAGCUCUGACGGAGAGGUUAAAAUGAUUAUUCCAGAAGCUAUCUUAUCACAUCGAAUAUCGACCCAAGUACUUAAGCUGGCUGUUUGCAUUAAAUUCCGAUUCCCUCAUCAUGACACCAAAAA